CAAAGAGGGGGAGAGGAUGCUCGGAAGAAGAUUUGUUUGGUCAGCUGACUAAACCGGGAGAAUUAACCAGACAUGUUGUUUAGCAGGAGAGCGAAGUAUGAAACGCAGAAUCUGACAGCGGCCCAUAAACUGAGGUGACAUGUCAUUGAGAAGCCACAAGGGCGGGGAGGACCUCUGGUCUUUAGCAUGAACAUCUACAACACGCAAGAUCAGACAGAGAACAGUCAGGAUGAGGAAGACAACUUCAGUAGAUACAUGGAUGAAAACGGGAUUAUUGGAAUGGAAGAUGAUGAGUUUCUGGCUGUUGAUGAGCAAGGCAUUGUUGGAGAACAAGAAAUAUGGGAACUUGAAGAACCAAGAAUUUUGGACCUUGGGAUGCAAGGGAUUAUGGGCAUCAAUGAAGAAAGAAUUAUGGGGCUGGAUGAGGUAGGAAUUAUGGGACUGGAUGAGGAAGGCCUUCUGCAGCUGACUGAUAAAGACAAGUCCCUAGAUUCCCAUACAGACGAGGACAUAUCUGGCCUGCAGAGUCUGGAUGAUCAGUUCAGUUUUUCUCAAGUGGAGAAGGAGGGAAACCAUGAAUUCCCUGAAAAUCAUGACACAGACAAUGAUCCCAGCUCUGAGGACCACCCUGGUAUUUCACUAUCUCUACCUCCUCCUUUAGACUGGCACCCACCAAGCAGAGACCAGCAGCUAGAUAUGACAGAGGAUGAGAUGGAUCGGGGUAGCUCAGUGGAGAUUUGGGAAGAGGAAGAGGGGGCCAGCUGGAGCCAAGGAACAGCAGCCAUUACUUAUAACAGCAGUAUUAGCCCAAUGGGGUUUUAUGAAUCUGGGCAAGAAUCAAAGGCAGAGGAGAAAAUAAGCUAUUCUCCUCAGUCUUCCAUAGCAGACCUGUACCCCCCAAAUCCAAUAAUUAAUGAAGAAGAACCCCAUAUCCUUUCUCUCUCUCCAUCUACACACCCUACUUCUAGCCCUUGGAAUCCUAGGCAUCUUGCACAUCUUGGUGGUAAAAAAGUUUCUCACCGUAUUGAAGAUGAAACUCUACCAGAAUCUUCAGUUACUGAUAGUGGGGAUGGUCUUACUCCUGGAGAUGCUCUGAGAUCAUCCACCAGCCACUGCAGAGUACAUAAUUCUCUGCCUGCCCAACCAUCUUCCACACGCCAUAAAAGACACCACACAGACCCUAUUAUAAAGCCUACAAAACCAUUGGCUGUUCCUCCAUAUGGCAGGGGCCAGCUGAACUAUCCCCUUCCUGACUUCUCCAAAGUGGGACCUCGAGUCCGAUUACCGCGUGAAGACCAAAUUUACCAACCUCCCCAGCCUCGAAAACCAGAUGUCCUAACCAGAGGGACUCCAGUUAUCUUCAAGUCACCAGCGGAAAUAGUACGAGAGGUCCUGCUGACCAGCACAGAGAAGCCAAUCGGGGAAACCUUGCAGGCUACUGUACCUCAAGAAUUUCAAACUCCAGAGCAAGCUACCCAGCUUGUCCAUCAGCUCCAGAAAGAUUACCACAAGCUCCUCACUAAGUACGCAGAGGCUGAAAACACCAUUGACCGUCUACGUCUGGGAGCCAGAGUGAAUUUGUACUCUGACCCCCCGAAGCCAAGUCACAGCAUCAACGUAGGAAUCGUCUCACAGGGCUCAAAGCCGUUAGAAUUCACUCUUCCACAACUACAGGUGGCGACCUUCAGCUCUGUGAGUGAAACUGCGGGAGACGCCAAGGGAGACUCAGGUGUUAGCGCCCCAAAUGUCCCUACUACAACAUUGCAGCAGGAAUCGUUUCCCGCCACCGCCCCCCAGAACACGGCAGAUGAUGUUGAAGCCACCAUAGCAGCACACAUAGAUGCUCUGAGAGAAGAGCUCGCGCUGUUUGAUAAACUGUCACAUGCGGGGAAACUAACGCCAGAACAACAACGGCAGGCAGUUAUGGAACUCAGAGCAUCUCUUGAGGGUCUGGAGCACAGGUAUUUGAGGGCAAGAGACAACAAUCAUCAGGGAAAGCACCAGACAAACAAGCCUGAGGAGUUGGACGCUCAGAGGGCCCUGGAAGGUGCCAUAUUCCAGCUAGGUGUUCAACUGGACGAGAUACAGGACAGAGUGGAAGAUUCAAUUGUCCGCUCACAGGCCCAGCCUACUACUGAUGCACUAACAGCAUCUCCAGUGCCAUCAAGCAGGACCCCAAGACCUGCUAUUCCCCCGUCCUAUCCAGAGGUUCGUGUUUCUACAGAUUUCCCUGCAGAGGCUGAGGCUGAGCUAAAGACGAUGUCUAGUGAUAAAGAAGUUGUACAAGAUGCGAUACCGCAGCCCCUUCGUCACAAACAGAUGCAAGUAGAGAAGGAAUAUGACGCACUGCUAUCUACAUACAGCAGCUUCAAGACUCUGCCACAUGCUCUAGAAUUGGAGCAAGCUGAGUGGACAGAAAGUCAACCACAGGUCACUGUACCCCAGGGGCACUUGCAGGACACCAGACCACAGGAGUACCAACAGAUCAAUGGUCACCAGAAUCACCAUCCGGCCCUCAAGCUCCACGAAAACUCCCAGGUUGUCAGAUUUAAUGAAAGUGUUGAUGACACAAAACCUCAAGAUUAUUCCCAUUCCAAGAGACCUCCAGAGCGCCCACCAUCAAACAAAUCCCUGGGCCCUGUGUAUGUUAUGCAAUCUUAUGUUAAUCCGGCGGUUACCAGUCGCCAGGACCACCCCAGGGCUAAUGGAACUCAUAACCACUUGCAUGGUAACCGACAUAACAUGGAUGUGCAGACCACUAAAUCACAGGAUCAUAUUCCUUCUAGAUCUUCCAGAGGGAGAGCUCCUACACACAGUCCCCCUGUUGCACAAACCCACUCACAAUCUGAACAAAGGAGAGCAUCAAAUGCAUGGUUGGUAGAGGAGAUGUCUUCUCCUGGAAAACACACAAGGAGCAAGAGCUUGUCUAAACGUUCACAGGCUAUUAAGCCUCAUGACUCACUAAGCCACUCGUCAAUACCGCGGGUUAGAAGAGAAUCCACCAAUAUCCCAAGAAAACAGAGAUUUUUUAGUGGAGAGCGGCCCCAAAGUUCUCAGUCACAGAGAAGCAGUGUAAGUGACAGGAGUGUCAGCUCUUCAGCCCAGCGAGAGCCAACAAAAGAUAAAAGGACAACUGUACAGGAUGGGGUUGUGUCACCAGAAACAGAUAGCGGUUUCCUAGGAUCAGAAGGUAGCAAUCUGUCCCCUAUCCAAAAACAGAUGUCUCCACUAAUCCGUAACAGGGAGUUUCCACACUUCUCAAACACAUCCCCCAAACAGACAGACAAGAUGCUGUCUCAGAGUUAUCAUGAUCAAACGGCAGGUACACGCAAAGCAUUCAGGGAGAGGAGGCAAAAGGACGACCAGUGGAGACGCCCAUCCAGAUCGCCCUCUCUAGGAGCAAAUAGCCUGACUGAGAGCAGAGAGCAGAGUCCUGCAGGGGUGUCGGACUUUGAGAAUGACGACUGCAGUGAUGGUAUAACCAGCGUUCCAUCUAAUGCAUCCCUUCCCCCUUCUCCUGCUAAGAGGUUCGAUCACAGUAACGGAAAUUUUCUGGAGACACGAGCAGUGCGAGAACAAGCAAUCUAUGAUCUACAGAAGGAAGUCACCCAUUUAAGAAAACAUUUAGAGAAAUGCCUGAACAGUUCUCCAGCACAGGAGAAACCAGAGAAGAAUCAGCCGUCUCCUACCUUCCACAAUUUGCAGGAGGAAAGAGUACCCCCGCUUGCUUUCCCUCAGCAGUCUCUGUUGACAGAUAGUGUAUCAACAUUACAGGAGUUGAGAGCAGAGUACCCUCGGACCAAAGUAGCUCCAGACGGCCCCAACCACGGCAUCAAAAAUGUUUGUGGGGCAUACACUGGUACUUCAUACCAUGCCCCGGAUCCUCCUGUGCCAGCCCCAUGCCCACUGUGCCGUAGUGCUAGGAACCCAGCAGGGACCGCAGGAAUCUUGCAGGAAGGUGACAAUAUUUCCCCUGUACCUCCGCCUUGUGAUGUGUGUCAUGAAAAUGCAGCAUCUGCUCGCAGAAACGAUGUAUCAGAAUGUCACAUGACUAGGAGAGGAUCAAGGUGUCACAGGGCCCCAAGAUCCGGACACUGGGUCCUAAGUGAGACUCCCCCUGUGACUAUGAGUUACAUACAGACGCCAAUCAUCUACCAUGCUCCAGGGAUAUAUACUUCAUCACCCAACCUCUACGUUCCCAUGGGAUACAGCGUUUCUCAGCCUUCUCAUACAAUGACUCUUCCUUCAGAGCCGUACCGCCUGCAGCCUGACGACAUUAGCCGGCCCCUGAACCGGGCAUUAGAGGCGGCAAAGGAGCUAAAAAUAACUAGCAAGAAAAUGUGCCGUUCGCUUACAUCUGACCUUGGCUCACAGCGCCGUUUACGGGGGUCCUGUCUGUUUUAGUGCCUCUAACUAUAUAUAUAAUAUUUAUGUUUUAUCUCUGUUAAUGUGUGCGCGUUUUGUAUACACCAUUUGCACUUGAAGUUUGGCAUCUCCCGCAUCCUCAAUGCAAACCGACCAAUGAUUAGAGACAUUCCAGGGCCCGCCCCAGUUUUGUCUGGCACGCCCACCUUUAUCCAACCCCCCCGCCCCAUGGCAUCCAGCGGCUCCGCCCACUAAACAUCAGUGGACCACUGUCUCCCCCCCCCCCCCCCGUCCCAGAAAGUGAAGUUUCGGUACUUUAUACUCAACUAAUUUCUGUCAUGCAUAAGAAAGAGUAUCAUUUACAUGGUACCGCUGUAUUUGUUUAAAGGGACAUUAUAAUAGAAAAAGGACAAUGUCUAAUUCGUUAUCGACCCUGCAACACUGAUUAUAACAUCUUAUUUUUGAUUAUUAUGGUCAUUUAAGUUUCUAUAUAAACCGCACUUACUGCAUAUAUUUUCAGGUAAGUACUUUUUUAUAUGGACGACAGAACAUUUCUUGGGCACAAUCUGCUGUGAAAUUCAUCUAUUUCUUAUACUGUUUAAGGGGGCAUUAAAAAAAUCUCCAGUUUACAAAGAUUAAUAAUAAUUAUUUCAGUGAGUUGAGCCCACUACUUGUAAGUUCAGUGAGAGGUGAUCAGUUUUAUGUCCCUUUAAGAGGACAAAUUGUAUUCUAUAAGGACAUAAAAGUGCAUAACAAAAAUACUUUAAUGUGUUAAAUCAUUGUAUUAUUGCACUAUAAGUCUAAACACACAGGGCUCAAUCACUCACAUUAAAGUCUAUGGGUAUUUUUGUGUUUUUAAAUGAUUUGCAAUUAUCUGCAGCGCAACAAUGCACUACUGGGAGCUAGCUGUACACAGCUGGUCAGCCAAUGGCAAGAGACAUAUAUGUGCAGCCACCAAUCAGCAGCUAGCUCACAGAAGUGCAUUACUGCUCCUGAGCUUACCUAGAUAUGCUUUACAGCAAAGGAUACAAAUAGAAUGAAGUUAAUUUGAUAAUAGAAUUAAGAUUGCAUGCUUUUAUCUAACUCCCUGUUACUGACAUGGUACCAUAUUGCCUGUGUGCGCUCAUUUCCUCUGCUACACGGCUUAUAAUGUUUUAUAUAUAUUGUAACUGAUUGCUGGUCAGUCAGACUCCGUAAAGAACAGAUUCUGAGCUUUCAGUCACAUUAAUGAAACUCUCCCACUCAGGUAGCGCAUCGUACCAGCACAAAUAAGGUAUUUUAAUAUGUAUAUUUUUGCAUCAAGAAUAUUGGUCUAAAAUGUUUCUAUUUAUUUUUGAGUGUGUUAAUGGUACUGAAAAAAACAAAUUGUUUGGCAAUGCACUCCUGGCAGUGCAAGAGUUAAUAAAUAAAUUUGUGCAGAAUUUGAGUUUUCUAACGUGUAGAAUUCCAACACAGCGAAUGUAGAAUUUGUCUUUAUUUAACUGUGAAAUAGGAUAUAUUGAGCUAAAAUUCCUUUUGUGUCAUAAAAUAUUGAAGUAUUUUGGUUAAAAUACUUUUGUAGUAAUCUAUUUUUCAUUCAAUAAACACCUUUUUUCUAAAUAA